CGAGCACGCGACGCCGAGGAGGGGCGCCGCCGCCAGGUGGAGGCCGAUCGUGCCGCGGCCCUCGACGCGUACGAAGCCAAGUACGCCGCUGUCCAUGCCACCGCCAUCGCCGUCCUCGUGCCCUUGGUCUUGGAUCACGCCGCAGACAACUACAACUGGUGGCGCACUAUGUUCCUGACAGUCUUGGGCAAAUAUGCCCUCACGGAUCACGUCCUCUCCGACGUCGUAAACGCCGAUCGUCCGGCGUGGGUGCAGAUGAACUGCACCGUGCUCACUUGGAUCUACUGCACCAUCCAUGCUGAUCUCCAACAGUCGACGAUGAACAACAAGCCCAAAGCUCGCUGCGCCUGGACAUACCUCGAGAAUGAGUUUCUCGGCCAGCGCGAAUCGCGCGCCCUGUUGCUCUCUGCGGAGUUUCGCACGGCGAAACAGGGCUCGUCCUCGAUCACCGACUUCUACCGCCGUCUCGAGACCAUGGCGGCGACCCUCGGUGACUACAGCGAUCUGACUGGGGACCACACUCUGGUCCUCACCCUCCUCCGCGGCCUCAGCGGCAAGUUCCGACCCAUGGUCUCCAACCUCAAGAUGCGGCAACCCUUCCCCACCUUCGAGGAGGCUCGCACGCUUCUCUUGCUUGAGGAGAUCGACAUCGAUGACAUCGCUGCCAGCGAGGCCGCUGGGGCCUCUGAUCCACUGGCCUCCUCCGCAUCGACCGCUCUCGUUGCCGCACCUCGUCCCCCAGCCGGACUGCCUUACGGCGGCCAUGGGCAAGGCAGCCAGGGCGGCCACGGC